GAGGCGCUCACCCGCGCAGUCCCCAGCGCGAACCGAGGCGCUGGGCGGCCGAGCUGAAGGGAGGCGAGGGGCCGCCGCCGCUGCCGUCCCCGCCCCGCGCGCCCUGCGCCCCACUUCCCGGGCGGCCGCUCGGCAGCUCGGCAGCUCAGCCCUCCUGCUUCCUCCGGCGGUGUCCGGGACUCGCCGCCGAGCGAGUGACGGGCAAGUUUCGGCGUGCGAAGGCGGCGGCGGGCCGCGGUCACCGUGCGCUCCGGGAGGGGUGGCCGCGGCUCCGGCCUCGGCGCCCCGCGCGCACUUCGGCGAUGCCUUCUCCGCCGCGGCAGCGACUGCGCCUUCGCCCUCGCCGCCUCCUGUUCCUUCUUCCCGGAUUCCUGCUGCCUCUUUGCGGCGCCUUCAACCUCGACGUGGACAGUCCUGCCGAAUACUCCGGCCCCGAGGGAAGUUACUUCGGCUUCGCGGUGGAUUUCUUCGUGCCCAGCGCGUCUUCGAUAUUUCUUCUGGUGGGAGCACCCAAAGCAAACACUACCCAGCCUGGGAUUGUGGAAGGAGGACAAGUCCUAAAGUGUGACUGGUCUUCUCACCGGGGAUGCCAACCAAUUGAAUUUGAUGCAACAGGCAAUAGAGAUUUUGCUAAGGAUGAUCCUUUGGAGUUUAAGUCUCACCAGUGGUUUGGAGCAUCUGUGAGAUCAAAACAGGAUAAAAUUUUGGCCUGUGCCCCGCUCUACCACUGGAGGACUGAAAUGAAACAGGAGAGAGAGCCUGUUGGAACAUGCUUUCUUCAGUAUGGAACAAAGACUGUGGAGUAUGCCCCAUGUAGAUCAAAAAAUAUUGAUGCUGAUGGACAGGGAUUUUGUCAAGGAGGAUUCAGCAUUGAUUUUACCAAAGCUGAUAGAGUACUUCUUGGUGGUCCUGGUAGCUUUUAUUGGCAAGGUCAGCUCAUAUCAGAUCAGGUGGCAGAAAUCGUAUCUAAAUAUGAUCCCAAAGUUUACAGCAUCAAAUAUAAUAACCAGUUAGCAACUCGGACUGCUCAAGCUAUUUUUGAUGACAGUUAUUUGGGUUAUUCUGUGGCUGUCGGAGAUUUUAAUGGCGAUGGCAUAGAUGACUUUGUUUCAGGUGUUCCAAGAGCAGCGAGGACUUUGGGAAUGGUUUAUAUUUAUGAUGGGAAAAACAUGUCCUCCUUAUACAAUUUUACUGGUGAGCAGAUGGCUGCAUAUUUUGGAUUUUCUGUUGCUGCCACUGACAUUAAUGGUGAUGAUUAUGCAGAUGUGUUUAUUGGAGCACCUCUGUUCAUGGAUCGUGGUUCUGAUGGCAAACUCCAAGAGGUGGGACAGGUGUCCGUGUCUCUGCAAAGAGCCUCAGGAGACUUCCAGACAACCAAGCUGAAUGGGUUUGAGGUCUUUGCAAGGUUCGGCAGUGCCAUAGCACCUUUGGGAGAUCUGGACCAGGAUGGCUUCAAUGAUAUUGCAAUUGCUGCACCAUAUGGGGGUGAAGACAAAAAAGGAAUCGUUUAUAUUUUCAAUGGAAGACUAACAGGCUUGAAUGUGGCACCGUCUCAAAUCCUUGAAGGGAAGUGGGCUGCCCGGAGCAUGCCACCAAGCUUUGGCUAUUCCAUGAAAGGAGCCACGGAUAUAGACAGAAAUGGAUACCCAGACUUAAUUGUAGGAGCUUUUGGUGUAGAUAGAGCUGUAUUAUACAGGGCCAGACCAGUUAUAACUGUAAAUGCUGGCCUUGAAGUAUACCCUAGCAUUUUAAAUCAAGAUAAUAAAACCUGCCCACUGCCUGGGACAGAUCUCAAAGUUUCAUGUUUUAAUGUCAAGUUCUGCUUAAAGGCAGAUGGCAAAGGAGCACUUCCCACGAAACUUAACUUCCAGGUGGAGCUUCUUUUGGAUAAGCUUAAGCAAAAAGGAGCAAUUCGACGAGCUCUAUUUCUCCAUAACCGGUCGCCAGGUCACUCUAAGAACAUGACCAUUUCAAGGGGGGGACAGAUGCAGUGUGAGGAACUAAUAGCAUAUCUGCGGGAUGAAUCCGAAUUUAGAGACAAACUCACUCCAAUUACCAUUUUUAUGGAGUACCGGUUGGAUUACAGAACAGCUGCUGAUGCGACAGGCUUGCAACCCAUUCUUAACCAGUUCACUCCCGCCAACGUUAGUCGACAGGCCCAUAUUCUGCUUGACUGUGGUGAAGACAAUGUCUGCAAACCCAAAUUGGAAGUUUCUGUAGAUAGUGAUCAAAAGAAGAUUUAUAUUGGGGACGACAAUCCUCUGACAUUGAUUGUUAAGGCUCAGAAUCAAGGAGAAGGUGCCUAUGAAGCUGAGCUCAUCGUUAACAUCCCCCCGCAGGCUGAUUUCAUCGGGGUUGUCCGCAAUAGUGAAGCCUUAGCAAGACUUUCCUGUGCAUUUAAGACAGAAAACCAAACCCGCCAGGUGGUAUGUGAUCUUGGAAACCCAAUGAAGGCUGGAACUCAACUCCUGGCUGGUCUUCGUUUCAGUGUGCACCAGCAAUCAGAGAUGGAUACUUCUGUGAAAUUCGAUUUACAGAUCCAAAGCUCCAAUCUCUUUGACAAAGUAAGCCCAGUUGUUUCUUACAGAGUUGACCUCGCUGUCUUAGCUGCUGUUGAGAUAAGAGGAGUUUCAAGUCCUGAUCAUAUCUUUCUUCCAAUUCCAAACUGGGAGCAUAAGGAGAACCCUGAGACUGAAGAAGAUGUUGGGCCAGUUGUUCAGCACAUCUAUGAGUUGAGAAACAACGGUCCAAGUUCAUUCAGCAAGGCAAUGCUGAAUCUUCAGUGGCCUUACAAGUAUAACAAUAACACUUUGUUAUACAUCCUUCAAUAUGAAAUUGAUGGGCCAAUGAACUGCACUUCAGAUAUGGAGAUCAACCCUUUGAGAAUUAAGAUCUCAAAUUCACAAACCGAAAAGAAUGACACAGUUCCUGGGCAAGGGGACCGGAACCAUCUCAUCACCAAGCGGGAUCUCACCCUCAGUGAAGGAGAUGUUCACACUUUGGGUUGUGGAGUUGCUGAGUGCCUGAAGAUUGUCUGCCAGGUUGGACGACUAGACAGAGGAAAGAGUGCCAUCCUGUAUGUAAAGUCCCUGCUGUGGACUGAGACCUUUAUGAAUAAAGAAAACCAGAAUCAUUCAUACUCUCUGAAGUCAUCUGCUUCUUUUAACGUCAUUGAAUUUCCUUAUAAGAACCUUCCAAUUGAGGAUAUCUUCAACUCCACAUUAGUUACCACUAAUGUCACCUGGGGCGUUCAGCCCGCACCCAUGCCUGUGCCUGUGUGGGUGAUCAUUUUAGCAGUGCUCGCAGGAUUGCUGUUACUGGCUGUUUUGGUAUUUGUAAUGUACAGGAUGGGCUUUUUUAAACGUGUUCGGCCACCUCAAGAAGAACAAGAAAGGGAACAGCUUCAACCUCAUGAAAAUGGUGAAGGAAACUCAGAAACUUAACUGUGAUUUUUAAGUUAUGCUACAUCCUGACCCAUUAGAAUCACUGACUUCCUUACAGGUUUCAGUUUCUUUGGCAAAGAUUAAAAUUCCAAGACUAUACUGCUGAUGGUGCCCAUGGGUAUUAACCACAAAACAAGAGCAAUAUUUGUCAACCUUUUUGUAAUAAUUAAGUUCAGAUGUACGUGUAAUACACACCCACUGACUUGUGUUUUUAGGUAUUUAAAUAAUAAAAUUUCAAGUGAUAGUUCUUCAAUGUACAUAAGAUAGGUAGUGCCUGAGUUGCCACUUUAUAUAAAAUAGUACCUCCUACAAUUAUUGUUUCUGAUUUUGUAUGUUGAUUUUGUUGUUUGUUGUUGCUUUUGUUGUUUUAAAGCAAUCCAUAUUUGGACCUUAGGAUCCACAUCUUUUGUACAGGAAUUUAUUGUUAAUAUACAUUACACUACAGUUGAGUUUUUAAGCUACUAACUUCAUAACUGCAUGAACUUGGAUUUUAACAUUACCAAUGUAGUAGAACUUAAAAAAAAAAAAAUAAAAAAGCAUGGUCCAUCCAAAUUCUUUGCUGUAAUAG